AUGGACUACAUAGACAAGGUGGAUACUAUAUUGGGUGAUCGGUCGAAAUUGACCAGGUCGACGGAAAAGGAUAACACGGCUCAAAUUGGGGCGGCGCUUUCUAAGGUUUUGCGAUGCUUAGAACAUACGCGAGGGGAAGUCAUUGGUCGCGCUUGGCAGUUUCCGCAUGGCCAUCCGCUACCGCCGAAUCGUUUACGCGAGCUCGGUGGUGAUAUUCUUGCCGGACCAUAUCUAGUGUCAGACUAUAUUGAUCCAAUCACCCGAACCGCUUUUGUCCCACUGACUAGUCCGGAUCUGCUCAAGUGUCGCACGCGGUUUUUUGCCAUUCAUUUUCGCAUCAUUCAACAUAAAGAACCGAGUCAGAGUCAUCCAUCAGUCGAUUCUGCGUCCCCGAACGUGAACAACCCGGAGAAAGAACAGCAUUCACAGAAUUUGUCAGAUCUGUUCUCCGUGAUUGGGUUGAGCAUGCAUCGUUUCACACAUUCGAGAAUAUGGUAUCAAUCGACCUCCAAUGAUCAGUCAGUUACUGCGACUAACGCAUCUUCGUCUUGUGCUGAGUCUGACCCCCACGGUCCACGGUCGGUUCUGACUAAAGCCGUCCCUUACGAGCGCGCCCAACGAUUGGCCCUGUUGCGCUCAACGCGACUGCACGAAGCAUUGCUUCAUUGGCUUGCCUCCCCAGUAUCCGAUCGUGCCCAGACGAUUAAGCCUCUGCAUCCCAGACUGGCGUUACAUAACGCAUUAGAAUUAUUUAUCUGGAUCGUGAAUAUGUAUCACCAUGAAUUGCAUUGGCCAAAACAAUGUAUGGGACAAAAUGUGGAAUUUGAUUUUGAUACCUGUUCCGUACGUUCCCUUUAG